AUGUCCGUGAAUAUAAGCCUUACCAAUCAACAGCAGCAAGCAGUGGAAAAGAAGAUUAUAGUCAAAAGUAUUGCUUCACUUUCUGAUGUUGAAAAGCCGUAUCUUUACAGCGGUUACUACAAAGAACUUGAGCCGACUGUAACCCUGCUGAAGCUUAACGAUGAAUAG